AUUCCAACAAAUAUGAAUCCUUUGCAGCCGCAAAUUUCUAGUGAUAUUUUAUUACGAUCAAUUGAUAAUUUAAUAAACAUUUGUGAAAAUGCAUCGUCCGAUCUGAGUCGACAUCGUGAUAAAUUAAAUUCCAUUUUGAAUGAUUUAAAUUCGGUGGAAUUUAAAUAUGUGCAAGCAUUAGACAUAUUUAAGCGUACAGAAGAUAUUGUACGAGUGUUAAUAAGCCUGCCAUUGGUUGAAGAUACAAUUAUUAUAAAAUGUGGUCGAUUAAUUGUGCAAUUAUUGGAUAAAAAUCCAACGAAUAUUUCAAUAAAUGUAUUUCGAAAUGCACUUUGUUAUGCGAUUGAUUUUAUAAAACAUCAUAAAUUCGUUGGUAUUUGUGAUGCAUUGCGAUUGAUGCAGUCACUUAUUAAAAAUCACUUUAAAAAUGACAGCAUAUCAAUUGGCGACGAAUCAAAUGAACUAGUCGAGUCAACGAAGUUAUUGAUCAAUUUAAUUGUGGAUCCCGAAGAAGCAAUUACGAAAUCAACAUCAUGCCACUAUGAUGGCUACUCAGUGAUUGAAAUUCAGUCAUCGGCCGUAUUUUGUCUUGAAACAAUUUUAUCAUUUUAUGAUAAAUUGCCGGAAAUGUCAGAGCAUCUUGAAUCAACCAUUACAAAAGCCCUAUUACAUUUAAUUUAUUCGGUUCGUUUGGCCGACAUUUCCGAACGAAUCUACUGCAAUUUAAUGCGGGCCACAUUAAGUUCGUGUCGAUUCAUUGGAUUUUCAAAUCGUGAAUGGUGCACCGAAUAUAUUGGCGAUAUUUUGGGUGCUUGUGUAUCGAAUAUGCAAUUUGGUUUACCAGAUUUUACCUAUCAACCGCCACAACGAAUACAAUCAUCACAACAAACCAUACAAGACACUCAUAAUGUUGCAGCGAAUGCGAAAAAAGGCGGAAAAUUGAUUAAGAGUCGCAAACCACGACAAACACCACAGUAUAAAAAUCGCAAGUCGGUCAAAUCAAAUGAAGCAAAUGGCAAGACUGGCGAAAUGACCAAUGAUGAAUUAAACGAUUCAUACGCACAUUCCAAUCUGUUCGAUAAUCCAAGUGAAAAAUUUGAAAUUGGCAAUUUCACCACCAGCGAUUCGGAUGCAUCUGAUCCAGAGACAACACGAACCGGCAACAGUAAUCGAGAAAAAGAGGCAAAACUUCGAUUGGCCGCCAUUUCAUUGAUUGCUAUCGUCGCAAAAAAUGUUGAAAGAAAGAUAUUUUUUGGCUAUUGGCAUUGUUUAUUCCCAACCGAAGCAUUAACACCUUGUACGCUGGCAUUGCUGAAUUGCGUACUUCGCGAUUCGAAUCAACGUUGUCGUAUUACCGCUCUGCAAGCAACGUCAAUCAUUUUGUAUGGCACCAAACCGUUUCUCGUUCAAGCCGAAACAACCGACACACCACCAACCAAUUUCAUGCCAUUUUCAAUCUCGUUGGGAAAUCGAAUUCGUGUUCUUUACAUUACUUUAACACAAGCCCUUUGCAACGAAAGUUCGUUACCCGUUUUAAUACAAAUCCUAAGAUGUUUGGCAACGCUAGUGCAGGCCACUUCAUUUCAAAAAUUACAAAAACCAUCCGGCCUCAUUCGAAAAUUCAUUGCGCUCAUACGGCGUUUGGUUCAUCACAAAGAUCCAACGAUUAAAGUGGCAUCGCUUAUUGUCAUGGAAUUUUUAAUUGCACGACCCGAAAUUACCAACGAAAUAUCGGACUGUGUUGGUGUGUCACGUUUAGACGCGAAAAGCGAUUGUCGCGUACAUGAUUUUGGUGAAGAUGAAGUAAUUGAUGCCGAUGAAAAUCUAGUCGAAUCGGAAUAUGAAGACGAUGAUGAAAUUGAUGAAGUUCAUAAAAUUGAGCCGGCCACCAAAAUUUCAUGGUUACUUCAAAUUGCGCUGGAAAAUUUAGGUGUUACCGUCAGUUCCUAUAUUAAACCGAAUCAUUCAGCAACAUCGGUGCAGGUGCGUCAUCAAAGUUUACAAAUUAUUCUAAUGAUGGCGCCGCAUUAUAUAUGGAUCAAGCCACAUUUGUUAUUAAUUGCUGAAGCCCUUGAAACUACAUUACAAGAUGACAUUUCAACGGUUCAAAUUCGGGCCGCUAGAUGUAUAGAUGUUGUGGUGCAUUCGAUAAGUGCGCAUCUGUUAUCGCAAAAUAAUAAGAAACAUGUUGAAUUUGAACAUGAUGUCGAAAUGGCUCUAGAAUUUUGGUCGAAAAUAUUACCAAUUUUAACCGAACAACUACAAGAUCGAACGCAAAAUUCGACAACCAAAUCGAUUUUCUGUAAUGCAUAUUCUGAUAUUGGUGUUCAUGUGUAUGAACGAUUGGAGAGGCCAAAACAAAUGCAUAUAAUCUCAUUAUUGUCUGGUAUAUCGUUGAGCGAUGAAGAAGCAAUUGUGCGUGCAUCGGCUGUACGGGCGCUUGCCAUUUUCGUAUUGUUUCCAUCAUUAAAAGAAGACAUUUGCUAUAUCCAAAACACAGCCGAAGCCAUUAUCAAUCUAAUGCAAGACGACAGUCUACCGGCACGAAUAAAGGCAUCAUGGGCACUUGCCAAUAUAACUGAUGUGUUAGUCGUGAACAUAUCGGAUCCGAGCACUGAUCCAAUUUCCGAGCAUUUAUUGUGGCGUCUAUUUGAGAAUACCGCACCAGUUUGCAAUGACAAUGAUAAAGUACGAACAAAUGCCGCUCGAAUACUGGGCAAUCUAUUGCGUUUAAUCAAAUCGAAACAGAUUGCAAUGGAGAAAUGGCAAACAGUUUGUAUGGAUGCCAUCAAGAAAUUAUGCGAUCAGGCCAAAUUAAACGGAACCAAUUCAAAUAUGAAAGUUAAAUGGAAUGCAUGCUAUGCGAUCGGCAAUUUCAUGAGAAAUUCUGUUAUGUUCGAUUUGCAAAGUAAUCAAUUUUGCUGGCAGGAGUUGAUAUUUCAAACAUUAUCUGACAUCAUUAUGAAAUGUGUGAAUUUCAAAGUUCGCAUAAAUGGUGCGGCUGCACUUGCCAUUCCAUCCAAACGAGCUCAUUACGGCCGAUUCUAUUUGAGUGUAUGCAGUGCCUUAUCAGUGGCACUCUAUCAGGCAAACCAAUUAACCGAUUUCAAUGAAUACAAUCAUCGUGAUAAUCUACUUGAUCAGCUCUGCAUUACAAUAUCAAAUUUAAUCAAAUUGGCCACCAUUGACGAUCUUGUUGAUUUGGAAUGUAUUUUAUUACAACAAUUUGAUUCAAAUAAACAAAAUUGGAUUCGUGUCAUAAAUCGAAUGGUUCCGGAAAAAGCUGCAUCGCUGCUUGAAGCGAAUUUAUACUUGAAAAAACUGUCAACAAAUACCAGUCUCACAAAUGAACAACGGAAUGCCAUCAAAACGAUUCUCAAUUGCUUUGUAUCGAUUACCGAAUACGACGAGUAAAGAAUUCUUUGGAAUUUAAAUGAAUUUAUCAAGACCUACUAUGUCAUCGUCUCUAAUAUGUUUCAUCAUACUGCACAUACUAAUUGUUUUCAUUGAAAUUGAGCCCUAAAAGGCAUGAUAUAAAUAGAGGUUGACUUUUUUGUGGCUUACAAAGUCAAAUCACUUUGAUAAAGGAAACGCUCGUAAAAGUAGUAACCGCAUAAAAGCAAAUUUAAACAAUGUUCAAGUUGGCAAGAAUUAUAAACUUUAUCCUGUUUUGUUACGAUUUCAAUUGAAGGGGCACGAAUAAAAAUCCGCCUUGUACGCAGAGUCUAUAAAAGUGUAUUUUUAUUCUGACCCAUUCAAUUCACGUGAAAACUUCCAAAGUGAUUAAUUUAAAAAAUUGUAAAAUACAUUCAACAAAUUUAAUAAAACGCAUUCGGAAUUACAUUAUUUAA